CAACAUCGCAAGAAUAAAAGCCUAAAGAAACGCCAUGCCAAGUCAAGUGAUCCUACUGAGCCUAGUCAAGGUUUUUUCGGGAAAUUAGCUGAGGUCGAAGGACAAAUCAACUCCAUGCCAUUAACUUCCUUGGUGAGCGUUGAUGAGGCUGUAGAAAAGGCUAAGGCCGACAAAAAACAAAUAGAGAUUCAAAGCGAUGAUUAUGAUGAUGAAGAUGUGAACGAGUCGGGAAAGAGUCACAGGAAAGGCAGCUUUGUUUUCCGGUUUUGGCACAGUUGCUCCAGUUUCGUCGGUCUAUUUGUGCGUUGCAAGGAGCGGGGAACUUACUUGGUGAUGGCAUAUCUUCUCUUCAAACUACUUAUGCUCGCCAAUGCCAUCGGCCAACUCUUUAUGAUGCAACGAUUCCUCGGAUUCCCCGCCAACGACACAAUGUACGGGCUGAUGGUAUUGCGUAAUCUGUUGGACGGACGUGAUUGGCAGGCUACACUCGUCUUUCCCCGCGUUACUUACUGCACGACGCGCCUUAAACAGUUGGGUGUGUUGCACAACACCCUGACAUCCCAAUGCGUUCUCCCAGUCAAUAUGCUAAACGAGAAGAUCUACAUCUUCCUCUGGUGGUGGAUAUCCCUUGCCGCAGCGUUGGUCGUAUUUAGUAUCGGAUUCUGGUUCAACCGGUUAAUUUUUCUUUCCAAUGGCAGUCGAUUUGUCCUAAAAUUCCUCUUACUACAUGAUAAAGUACGUCAAGUGGAGCGCGAAAUUGUUGAUAAGUUCGCCAAAAAGUUCCUUCGACGUGAUGGCCUUUUUGUGCUGCGCAUGAUUUAUUCGAAUAACGGAGAGCUGAUCACUUCUGAACUAGUCUGCGAGCUAUGGGAUUCUUACAAGGCGCGUGUGAAUCAAAAGAUAAACCCAUUUACAGGCGUGGGCUCAGUACAUAAAGAUACUUCUUCAGGCGAUACAGAGGGGAAGGAACGGCAUCCAAACGCCUUGUCUACUGACCACAGGCCGACUCCGCCAGUUUUACGGGAUGGUAUUAAAUCUGGGCGCCACGAGACCAACGGUUCUACGGAGUUAAAACAACGAAACCCACCUUAUCCAGUUGAUGAAUCUACAAACUACCAUAAACCUCAAUCAGUCUUUCCAAUCAAACCU